CGCAUGCGCAAGAUUGACAGCGCAGGGUACUUCACAACAGCCAGCUGAUACGAACUAGCAAGUGACAGUGUUAAGCGUUUUCGGUUUUGUUUUAUACAGUAAAUCAGUCGUCGGACCUACAUUUUCACCUCGUAGGUCAUGUAGAGUAGAAGUCAGUUCAUAUAAGUAUGGCAGUUGUAUUUGAAUUCUUUGACAGGUCAUCGUCGUUGUAGUUAGCAAGUUAGCUAGCUAGUUGAAGUUGGCAGGACUGAACAACAAGGCUGGCUAGCUAAGGUACAUCGAACUAUUACAAGCUGGCAUCGAAAUUCAUCACCGUCAGCCAUGGGAAUACUAUUUACAAAGUUAUGGAGGCUUUUUAACCACCAAGAGCACAAGGUUAUUAUUGUGGGCCUGGACAAUGCUGGCAAGACCACAAUUCUUUAUCAGUUUUCAAUGAAUGAGGUGGUACACACAUCCCCAACAAUUGGGAGCAAUGUGGAGGAGAUAGUCGUCAACAACACUCAUUUUUUGAUGUGGGACAUUGGAGGCCAGGAGUCUCUUAGGUCAUCGUGGAAUACAUACUACACAAACACAGAGUUUGUAAUUGUGGUGGUUGACAGCACAGAUAGAGAAAGGAUCUCAGUAACCAAAGAAGAACUCUACAGAAUGCUAGCACAUGAAGACUUGAGAAAGGCAGGACUGUUGAUCUUUGCCAAUAAGCAGGAUGUGAAAGGAUGCAUGUCUGUGGCUGAGAUCUCCCAGAGCCUCCAGCUUACCUCCGUCAAAGACCACCAGUGGCACAUCCAGGCCUGUUGUGCUCUCACAGGAGAGGGGUUGUGCCAGGGUCUUGAGUGGAUGAUGUCACGGCUGCGUGUGAGAUGAUGACUUUGAAAACGUUCAUUAGGAGUGUGCCCCUUCUCUCUUAUUUUUGCCUCCAGAUAUGAAAAUGAGGAUGGGGGUAAGGUCAGUUGAUGGAUGGCCCUCUCCUCUUCCUUGUGAAACUGACAUGGACAGACCGCUGCCAGAACUUUAUGUACUUCUGUAAUAAUUUAUUUUACAAAAGUCAUCUGAACUGAGAACAAAAAAAACAUUACCUUUCCAGAAGGACGUUGAACAACAAAGAGACUCAAAUUAUUUAAAAUGAAAUUUCUGCACGGUUUUCCUUUGAACAAAACACAGAGGUCAGCAACGUAUCUGCCUUGGAACUCUACAUGGACUUAUUCUUGAGCUACGUGUGAGUCUAGCCCAUGGUGGCCUUGCAGUAUUGCCGAACUGGCUGUGGUGGUUUUUAAUUGCCUCUCUGUGUGAACAGUCCAGUAUUCUCUUCAAACUUGGUGCCUGCAGCAGAAUGUUCAAGCGAUUAUGGUUGAUGACGACUGAAACAUGCAGAGGGGAGGGUAGAAUCACAGUGUGCCCUCUUCCUUUCAGUCCUUGUUAAUAAUCACUGAAAUAAAGUCUUUUUAUUUGUUUCAGGUGAA